GCAAGGAAUCUGGUGGAUACUGAAAUGUCACGACAGAGUGCUGAAACGUUGUUCCCAUCAGAAGAUGAGUCGCCGCAGCCUUCGCCGCAGCUUGAGCCUGAAAAGAAAUCCAAGAAAAGGACACAUGACAAAUUAAAAACCGGUGAACCAUCAAGUCCCACACCGACGCGUGUUGCGAAGAAAUCAAUGAAGUCCAUCAUCAAUCCCAUCGCACCGCCACCAAAAAAGAUCACUGCAUACGAUCUUUUCGGCACAGAUAGUGAAGAUGAUGAGACUGAAGAGACCUCUACACCUACAGCUGCGGGUAAAAAAAUACAGCCUUUAGUUUCGUAUUUAACAAGAAGACUGGCUAACGGUCAUUCAAGACAAUCUUUCGAGGAUAAGACAGGAACGCACUUCAUCGACCUGAAAGUGUACCGAUGUGAUGAGGUCGAAAAUGUCCAGCCCGUAAAUAGAUGGCGUCAUGCCAUCAUAUGUGUUAAAAACCGCACGAAUGAAGAUACUGAGGCAUGGCGCCACUUAACAAACUUCAUCAUUGCGACACGAAAAGAGUAUAAAAAGUGCACUCCCACUUUUAUCAGCAACUAUUAUUAG